UUCGGGGGGCUGGUCAAUGAGGUCCGAUGCGUCACAUUUCUUUGGGCCUUCUAGAUCCCACCGGCAGCGGAUCGACUGCUUUCCCCCCCUCGACCAGAACCGUCUUGGGUUUUUUUUUUUGCGCCAUUUGGAUCGCUCCGAAAAUAAGGUCCCACUGUGCACUGUGAAAGCUGAAUCCAUACAUGUACAGCGGAAGGAUGACGGAGGCAUGGCAGCAGCAGCAUGCAGUGGCCCCUCCACCUGUUGCUCAUCCCCUUCUUCAGGGAGCAGAAAAUCCCCUGGGCAGCGCGGUGUAUGGCAUCGUCCUGCCGGCCGACCCCGCCUUGCAGCAAUCCCAGCACAGCCAGCACGCCCAGCAACACCCGGUGCCGGCCCAGCAGCCCUCCCUGCAGGUGGGGAGCGAGGGUGGGCAUAAGUGCGGAGCCUGUGGCCACGACAUAUCCCACCUGGCCAACCCACACGAGCAUCAGUGCAUGGUGAGCCAGGAUCGCUCCUUUCAGUGCACCCAGUGUAUGAAGAUCUUCAAUCAGGCCACUGACCUGCUAGAACACCAGUGCGUGCAGGUGGAACAGAAGCCCUUUGUGUGUGGCGUGUGCAAAAUGGGAUUCUCCCUUCUCACCUCUCUGGCACAGCACCACAACGAGCAUGCGAAUGGGAACAACCCCAUGAAGUGCUCUAUCUGCGAGAAAACCUACAGACCAGGGUCGUCGUCCUCUAACCCACAGCAGGCGUCCACUGGGGAGACCUCCAGCGGUGGGGCAGCCAUGGGCUCCCCAUCCUCCACUGCUUUUCAGGCCUCCGACAGGCCCUACAAGUGCUCGGUGUGCUCGAAGGCGUUUCGCCACCUGUCCGAGCUCUCUCGCCACGAGCGAGUGCACACAGGUGAGAAGCCCUACAAGUGCAACACGUGUGAAAAAAGCUUCAGCCAGGCGUCUCACCUGGCGCACCACCAGCGCACGCACAGUGCCGACCGCCCAUACAAGUGUGCCGUGUGCGAGAAGACCUUCAAGCACCGGCAGCACCUGGUGCGUCACAUGUACGCCCACUCGGGUGAGCACCUGUUCAAGUGCAACCUUUGCGAGCUGCACUUCAAGGAGUCAUCCGAGCUGCUGCAUCAUCAGUGCCAGCCGGCCGGCGAGCGGCCCUUCCGCUGCACGGCUUGUGGCAAGAGCUUCAAGCGUCCGUCGGACCUGCGCCAGCACGAGCGCACGCACUCGGAAGAGCGCCCGUUCCAGUGCGAGGAGUGCCAGAUGAGCUUCAAGCAGCAGUACGCACUCGUUCGCCACCGGCGCACGCACAAGAAUCCCGCCGACCGCCCCUUUAAGUGCAACCAGUGCGACAAGGGCUUCCUGCAGCCCAGCCACCUCCUUUACCAUCAGCAUGUGCACGGCAUUGAGAGCCUGUUCAAAUGCGCCGCCUGCCAGAAGGGUUUCCGGCAGUCCGGGGAGCUGCUCCGGCACAAAUGCGGCGAGUCCGGCUCCGGCUCCGGCGCUGCCGAGAAGCCGUACAAGUGCGACGUGUGCGGAAAGGGCUACAAAAAGUCAUCAACACUGCAGCGGCACCAAAACUCCCACUGCACGGAAAAGCCAUUGAAGUGUUCCCUGUGCGGCCGCCGCUUCCAGUCCUCGUCUGACUUUGUGCAGCACCGCUGCGAUCCAGCUCGCGAGAAGCCCAUGAAGUGCUCGGACUGCGAGAGGCGUUUCAAAUACUCGUCCGAGCUCCAGAGACACCGGCGGGUGCACACGGGCGAGAAGCCAUUUAAGUGCCCUACCUGUGACAAGGGGUUCAAGCAGCGUGAGCACCUUGCCAAACACGGCAUAGUCCAUUCACGUGAGGCCCAGUUUAAGUGUGUUUGGUGUGGGGAGUGCUUUGGAGAGCUGGGGGCCCUUCAGGAGCAUACAGUUCAACACACCGCAGAAGGAGGGGGCUACCCAGUAGCCCCAUGCAUACAGUAGCAGCUUAAAACCUUGGGCUCUCUAGCUUCUUACCUCGUUAAUGAAGCCACGAACGUAUAGCGCAGACGUUAGAAGUAUGACGCUCUUGAUAGGAUGCUAAUUCUGCUCUAACGUAUUUUGUUGCGUAAUUAUAAAGACAAGAAAUAAAACCUGUGAUAGGAUUUUUAACGUUUCAUUUUACAAUAAUACCAGUAUUCCUUCUUCCAGCCAAGCCUUAAAAAGCUUAAUCUGGAUAGACUAAAAACAACAACAAAAAAAACUUGCCUCAGUAACCACAAAGCUGUACCACCUGAAUGUUCAAGUCGAUGUAAUGGUUUGAACAAGUGUAUUUCCAUGUUUGUGGCACAUAUUUGUGAUAAGGAGUCUUGCCUCUCAUUUUGAUGACACAUUACAUACUUGUGGGAGGUAGAGUAAAACAAAACAUUUAAAAGGUAUUAGAAGUCUUAACGUCAAAUUCAAAUAGGUCAAAAAGGCUAGUGAUUCUGUUUAACCCUACUCUCUUUGGUAUUUGAAAUACAAAAUAUUCUGAAAUAUAAAAAUAGGAAGAAUUGUGUGCCCAUGUGUGUGUUUGUUACCCUUUCAGUUUUUAUUUCAGUAUCACUGAACUUAAUUCAUUCACUGUGUCAGACAUUUAGCACAUCAUAGUUCUGCUGUCAUCUUCAAGGUUGACUACAAAUACAAGGGACACUUGAGGAUUUUUGAAAUUGGAUUUCACUGGCUGGAAUAAAUUAUUGGGGCCUGUGAUUGACAAAUUGGUUGCCUUUUGAUCCUGUGCAGUAUAUGUAAAACCUCAUGCUUUUCACCAGCCAUAGUACUUGUAUAUAUUAAGGCUCAGUAUAGUGACUGUAGGUAUGUAUCUGUAACGUAUAACUCCUAAUGCCUAACCCAUGAUGUAACAGGGUAUGUGUAUGCAUGAAUAGCCUAAAAUUUGUAUGUUAAUAUUUUAUGUUGUAAACUGUCACCGGUGCAUAUUUUGUAUGUUCUCUUAUAGGCAAAAGAAUUAGUUACUCUCGAGUAUUGCAAUCUAUGUGAUCAGCAAAGGUGAUUUUUUUUUUCCCCCUGUAGUUACUAUGGGAAUUUAAACAAUUACCAGUAACACAUUUGCUGGUAUGCUUACAGUUUACAGUAACACAGUGACUUACUUUUGCUUUUGACCUGCCUAGUAACAGCAUGUCUGUCCUAUUUGGAUAAAACAAAUAAACAGAAGGGGUUGUUACUGCUCAGUGAUGCUCUAAUAUUCACAAUACUGUUCAGAAAUUGAUGUUUUUGUAAUUAUAUUACUUGAGUACAGUGGUAGAAUUUAGUGUCUGUGUAUUUGCACCAUACUGUAAACUUUGUUUCAUUGAUCAUCUCUGAGGACAGGGCUUACUUUAUUAUAGUGGAUCUAGAAUGAUUACAUUUAUUAUAAGACACAAUGUUACAUUUAUUUGCCAUAUAUUUGUGUGUGUGUGUGUGUGUGUGUGUGUGUGUGUGUGCGCGCGCGCGCACGUGCCUGCUUCCCGUGAGUUAAUGGAACUAAUCCCCCUGAAUUGUCAUGCCUUUGUAAAAGUCGCUGAUGGGUAACAUCCCAUGAUUUAAUUAGCAUCUUAUUACUAAAAUAGUCAACCAAUAUUAAAAGGAUUCUAAUGCAUUUUGGUUGUAUUAAGUAAUACUACUGAGUACUUUGUGGUGUUAUUUAAUUAUAAAUCAACUAAUGUGUAAAUUUGGAUAGAAUUGCACCAUAAUGCAUCAACAAUUGUGCUGAUCAUAAUUAUUCAUACAAAAUGGCAGAAGACUCAAGCAGACAAGAUGUCUGUAAAGACACAUCUGAUUUUAAAACAUAAUUAUAUAUUACAUUUUGUAUUUGUUGAUAUCAGCAACUGCACCGUGGAUGAUCUAAAGAGGCUGCAGGCUUUUGCUCCAGCCCUUGAAAGCUCUGCCCCUUUCACUAAUGACCACACCUCUCUAACCAAGAAAAGAUCCCAAGUAAUGAAGCCUUAUAUAUUUAAAUUGAAUGUCAUAGAUAUUAAAGCAGGAUUACAACUUUCCCAACCCUACCCCAAGCCAUCCUCUCAUUAUGUUUAUUGCUUACACCCUCAAUCAAUCCGAAGUGACUGGCGUAUGUAAAUAACCCUAUAUGUAAAAAAGAUCAUAAUCGUGCACAAAUAUCUUCACUCGUGUACCAUCACAUAAGGCUACAUGACAUUAACCAAUAAAUGUUUGUAAAGAUA